CUUUGCUCAUGACGUUUCUAUAGCAGCAAAAUGCCAUAAGACUACCUUAAUAAAUUAGAUUCCAACAUACAUCUUUGGAAUAUGAUUCUGAAAGCAGAUUUAACAAAGGAUUUAGUCAGCAGUAUUUUGGGCAUUUUUGGAAAUAUGGGCAUCAGGACCUCUAUGCUCCAGCUCCUGUAUCUUUGGGUAGUGAUCAGUGUAUGUGGGUGCAUACCUUUCAUACAAGGACAGAACGAGAUCAACGAGCUAGAACAGCACUUCCAACACACUGAACAAGUACAAAGUACAAACGAGCAGGAAAGAUUACAAAGGAAGCUGCUCUUAAAGGAUGACGUACAGUCAAAAAUCCUAAACGCUACGAACCCCAAGGUUGCAGUCGAUUCAAACUCGGGUAACUGGACUAUACUUGUCGGCGUAUUGCUCUCGGUACUUUCCGUCGCCUUCCUGAUAGUCUUGCUCGUCAAGUUCCGUGUCUUUCAUCGCUACCUGGGCGGCUACAGGGAUGCUCUUCUCCCGGAGGAAGACGCCGUCAGCCAGUUCAGUCAUAUUGGAACCAUCGCGGAAAACUUUCCCGAUUGCAGUUUGAGUGACCGUGAGGCUUAUUCUCGUGGUCGUGACGACGACGACGAUGGCUUUAUCGAGGACAAUUACAUCGAUUCCAGUAAAAGGUACACGGCUGAGGAGCAGGUAGAGAAGGAGAGUGACGAUGAGCUGGAUAUUCAGUUCUCAAUUGAAUGAUUUGGCUUUUUUUAUGACUGCAAACUUCAUUAUCAUUUGAUUACGUGCCUCAAAUCACAAUAAUCACAAACAGGCUUGUUUAAAUUCUGACACUGUUACAUGAUAUCUAUAAAAAUGCACAAAACUACUUUUAUAUAUCCAUUUUUUAUCAUUACGCCAUAGUCAUUCAUCCUCAGAUACCACAACAUUUAGACAGCAGACAUGUGGCUGAUCGACUACAUUUAGAAUAAAAAGAUUUGUACCCAUUUUUUAAUGAAAAAAAGUGAAUUCGAUUUUUCAUGUUCACAUUGUAUCAGUUAUUGGAUCAUGGAUGUUUUAGUAACUCAUGUACUUUUCUAGCAAUUUAUCCGUUUAUAUAUGUGCUAACUUGGUGUUUCUGCACAGAGAAUAUGGCACACAGGCAUCAAAACUAAUAAUAAAUAAUAAAUAUUUCAUGGAACAAGAACUUAACGUUUAGUACAUGCAUGCAUAAGGGGUCAUAGACUUUUGAUUAUCAAAAUUAAAUCAAAAGAGGAGUGUUGUUUAUAUGAACUCUGUUUUGGCAAUGUGUUUGGUUUUUUUUGUUGUUUUUUUUUUCCCUACAAAAGCUGUAGCUCCACAAUGAUGAAAUCAACCCCCCCCCCCAAAAAAAGUAUUGUGAAAGGAUCCUUGCUGUCAGCCUCUUAAGGGCUCUAUGUACAUUUCCAUGUAAAGAUACAUAACAAAGCACAUCACAAACAUAUUCUAAGAGACAUUACAGGACUAUAUUUAGAUAUUUGAAGAAGAACAAAAAAUAUAUAUAAUGUGAUAAGUCUCAUAGUCUAGAUAGAUAGAUAG